CUUUCAGAUCACUGACCCUGGGCCAGGCCGUGGGAUCCCGGACUGUGUGUGGACGCUGCUUGUCCCUGUGUCGGCCUCUCGCCAUGGCUGGGAGGUUGUACCGCGUAGCCUUGCUGUGCCUUACCAUGUCCCAGGCGGUGUCCUUUCUGUCACAACAACGAGCCUCACAGUUCCUCAUCAGACACGGCCGAGCAAAUGUGAUGUUUGAGGAGCACAAGCAAGGCUCCCUUGAGCGGGAAUGCAUUGAAGAAAUUUGCAAUCGAGAGGAAGCUAGGGAAAUAUUUGAGAACAAUCAGGAAACAGAAUACUUUUAUCCCAGGUAUCUAGACUGUCUCAGCCGCUACCAGGUUGGCGUUCCGAGCCGGUACCACAGUUUCAAAAGCUAUCCUGGGAAUUUGCGGACCUGUAUUACCGAAAUUCCAGACCAGUGCAGCCCUUCACCGUGUAAUCCUGAAGGCUCCGUUCAAUGUGUGGACAAAGUGGCUGCAUUCACCUGCGUCUGUAAAGAAGGUUGGACGGGAGUUACGUGUCAGCAAGAUAUUGAUGAAUGCGAAAGUGGGAUAUUGGAGGAGAAAGCUUGCAACCAUUCCUGUCACAAUGUGCCUGGGAGCUAUCGCUGUUACUGUGAUGAAGGCUUCUAUAUUGCUUCAAAUAAACGGAACUGCAUUGAUAAGAACGAAUGUUUUACGCACUCAGACAUCUGUGGGAAAGCAGCAUGCAUCAAUCUGCCGGGUACCUUUGAAUGUAAAUGUGCUGCAGGAUACGCCUUCGAUCCCGUCACGAAAGACUGCCACGAUAUCGAUGAAUGUGCAGCGAACCCAUGUGAAUAUGGCUGUGUGAACUUCCCCAGCAGCUACUCCUGUUUCUGUGAUGGGCGAAAAGGAGAGAGAUUAUCCCCUGAUGGUCAGAGUUGUCAGGAAAUCCCCAUAUGCGUCGACUUGCAGACCAGCAGGAAGGCAGACAUUCUGAACAUGGGGGAGCUUUUUGCUGGCAUUCCUGUUGUCUAUGUUCGAUUCAAGAUUUCUGCUAACAGCAGGUUUACAGCAAAAUUUGACCUGAGGACCUAUGACUCGGAAGGUGUUAUAUUCUACGCUGAAACGAAUGGAAACAGUGCCUGGUUCCUGUUCGCUGUUCGGGAUGGAAAGCUGGAAGUUCAGUUCAAGAAUGAGAACAUAGCCAAGGUGACAAUCAGUGGUGGACCAGUAAUCAAUGAUGGAAUCUGGCACACAAUCUCCGUGGAAGAAACUCAGAGCAGUGUGUUAGUGAAGAUCGCCCAGGAGUCUGUGAUCAAAAUCAACAGUCCUAACCGACUCUUUUCCUUGGAUAAUGAAACGACAGAGAUAAAGAUAUCUAUCGCCGGUUUACCCAGACAGGCCGACCGUAUCCUUCCAACUAUGAACCCCCGCUUAGAUGGCUGCAUGCGUAGAUGGACCUGGAUGAAUCAAGGAUCUGCUGGAAUUGAAGAUGUUAUUCGGAAUAUAGAAAGCAAACAGUGCUAUCAGAAUAUAGCGAAAGGCUCCUACUUCCCCGGCAUGGGAUAUGCUAUGCUUCCAUUGAUCUACAAUAUGACAGAAGAUCCUUCUAAAGGUUGGAAAAUUAAGCUGAAUCUCCAUAUGCUACCAUCAAAAGAUACUGGUGUGUUAUUUGCUCUGGUCAGGGGAGAGGACGUCCCUUUGUCACUUGCCUUAACUUACUCCAACUCAAUGCCAAUAGGCAAAAAGCAGGAUCUCCUUCUGACUAUAGGCAACCGGACAGUGUCUCAAGCUGAGGGGUUUAGCUUAUGCGAUGGUGAACGUCACUCGGUGAAUCUCACCAUAACCGCCGAAGACUUCCUGUGGACGGUAGAUGAAGUUACUCACAAAAGCCACUUGAGCAACACUGAGCUGAAAAAGCAAUUGUUCCUUUUGGAUCAAGCCAUGCAGGAAACAGUCAAUACCACACUGGGAGGUUUACCAGCUGUUCCAUUUACAUCCACACCUAUCACAGCCUCCUUUACUGGAUGCCUCGAUGUCCAGAUUAAUGAUGCAAUUAUUGACCUGGAUGAAGCCAGUCACAGGGAUCCCAAUAUCCAGUCCCACUCAUGCCCGUCAGUGAAGAGAGAAGAUUAGAGUCUAUCAGGCACUCUGUCAAUUUAGUAAAUAUUUCUGUGUUCAGACCAUUGUGUGCCACUGUGUGGAGAUUGUUAUAAAAUUCAUAGGCUGUAAGCUGCACAUCAUGAAAACUUUCUGGAAUAAGUGUAGAAUUUAACAAUGUUUGUCCUGUGCUAAAAGAUAACAAUUAAAAGAAAAGUGUAAAUUCUAUCACUCUUUAAAAAUUGUUAUUGUCAAUAUGUGUGUUUAAUUAAACUGAAACUGUAUUGAACUGUG